AUGACUGGUCGAAUCGAAGAUCCCCAAGCCGAAAACACGCACUAUCAAGCUGCAACCUCGAAGCAAUCCGAAGUCGCUGAAGCUGCACAGAUAGCGGCAACCGGGGUACUUAAAUACGCACCGGGCACCGCAGCCUCUGCAGGUUCAGUAUCAUCAUGGGGAAAAGCGAAGAGAAAGCCGCUUAGAUUGAACAGUACAUUGAGCGCAGAGUCUUCAGAACCUCCCCGUACACCGCCAGACUCUAUCAACUUCGAUCCUACGGUCACAACAGGGACCACAUCCUCGGACCAGGGGUCCAGCUACCGUGCUCACAUUGGGAGAUAUGCAAGACCAGUUGGAUCUGCACCACCUGUUCCGCGUGUGCCAAUCGAGGUCGCUAGAAAGACGGGAAUCGAGCAGCUGCUCCAGAAUGUGCUCCCAGGCUCGAGAAAGCCAUCGACCCGAGGACUUCGAAACACUGCGAUUUCCGGAGAUUCCGACAAUCAUCCACCAGAUGUUCCCAACCAGAAGCCAGAAGGCACGCCACCGCUUACGCUCGAACAUGGCGUCAUAGGGUCUCCGCUCACUCCAAUUCCUGAUACCCCCGCUGAGCGCCAAGCGGCGUCUGCAAGCUAUGAAUCUCUUCAAGAGCAAGCGAUGCGGAGAAUAGGCGCAGAUAAUUUGUCAUCGGAGCCGAGCGAUGGAGGGGCGGGGACGAGCUACUACGUCGGGUUCAGCGAACCGGAAAUACUCCCACCUGCCUCAACUGUUCGAUUGGACCAUAUGGCAGAGCCAUUUCUGUUAGGAACGGUGGACGUUCCAGCUGAGAAGUAUGCAGAGCAACCCAGCGACCGGGAAUUCAACUUCAGAGCACUGGAGGAGGAGGCAGGCUCGGAUAGGGUGUAG